AUGGAGGGAAUGGAGUACCAUCUCAGUCCUGAAGUCAUCCAAGAGGAAGAAGCACUCCGCCGCGAGCCCCAAUAUUUGCCGUUCUUCCGGAAUAGGAAUGACAGCAACCAUCUCAGCUCUCCGGGAACAUUUUCAUUCUGUUCGCUGCCUUGGGCCCAUAUCAUACGAGCUCCGGUGACUUCAACAUGCUGUGGAGCACUCGUCUCAACCGACGAUAGCAAUUAUGGUGCUAUUCGCUUCAAUCCUAGUACGCUGGGAAUCGUAUUCGAGGUUGAGGAGGGAAACUUUAGUCUCUUGGAUGAGGGUGUGGUCGUGCUGAUGCCCCUGCGCUCCCUGGCCGAUGAGUGGUCGUGGGAUAGCUCACAGGCUGCAUGGUUAAAGGAGUCACUUUUAGUUGAGAACACCCUUGUUUAG